AUGAGCGGCUCAGACUUGCCUUGCAUCAAUAAGACAUCCGACCGUCGUCUGAACAUAAAGCUUUACGGUCACAAUAAUUCUCAUCUUCCAGAUCCAAUUCCUACACCUACUCCCGAUUCCGGACUCAACCAUAAGACGACUUAUUUCGCCAUGAGAUUCAACACGCUUGUUUGCGGCCUCCUUCUGGCUGCCGUCUCUGCCACUGCUCUUCCCGUGGAGAAAGCAAAAUCAAUCCGUACAAUGACUGAGAUCGAUGGAGAUGAUGCGGUAGUAUACACAUGGUCCCGCCCAGAGGAAAAGGCAAAGCGAUCAGAGAAGGUGACGGAUGGGGAUGACCAAGUCGUGUACACAUGGUCUCGCCCGGAGGAGAAAGGCAAAGCGAUCAGAGAAGGUGACGGAUGGGGAUGA